AUGGAUAUUAGUGAUUUUAAUAGAUAUGAAUGGGUUCAGCUAAUUGAUCCGAAAUCUCAGCAAUUGAUGUACAUCAAUCUGAAGUCUGGCGAAUGCAGCCGAGAUCCUCCCAAAAAUACACAAUAUAAAGCUGUUUCACCCAAUCAAUGGUGGGAAUUGUUCGAUAUAAAAGUCCAAAGAAAUUACUAUUAUAAUAGUACCACCCGAGAAACCGUUUGGGAGAAACCAGUUGAUGGUGAUAUUAUUCCUCUAGCAAAAAUCCAGUUAGGAAAACGAGCAAAUGAAGACUUCAAUCAGACAUUAGAUAUGGGAGUACUCCGACGUUCAAAUAAUAAUAAUAUAAAUACUGACUACCAAGAAGAACGCUUGUCAACAUCCUUAAACCAAAGGAAAUGUACAAAUUCAUUCAUUACUACUGAAAUACCAGAUUAUUCACUCAAUAAUAUGAUUGUACAACAAGAUAAUAAUAUUAACAAUAAUAGAUUAAGCCAUCAUCCCAUGCCUAUGUCAACAAACAGUAAUCAUGACCAUUCAGUUGCAAUAAAUGAAAGUAUGAAUAGUAUUCACUCACCUUUAUCACUAUUAUCUAGAACAUCAGUAGUAACUGACAUCCCUAACAUAUCGAAUACAAAUCAUGAUAAUCAACGUGUUCGUGAUUGGUUACGAGAUGCUGUUGCUACUACAACUAAUGAAAUGAAAUCUACUGUUAUUAAUAAUAAUACUGUUAUUGCUACGACAACAGCUAAUAAUAAUACUAAUGAAUUCAUCAUUGACAAUAGUAACACUAAGAAACCUGGUUGUUUAUCUGAUCGCCCUAUCCGAAGACAUAAUAUUCAAUCAUCACAACUUCAAGGAUUAAUAGAAUUCCCUGCUCCAUCUGAAGAUCAAUUUCCAAAUUUACAAUUUAGAUCAGUUUCUCAUUCAGUUAAUCCAAAUCAUAGUAAUUCCGUCAACUUGAUUCCUGGUAAUACAUACCAAACUUCAUCAUGCAAUACCUCUAAUUAUCCAAUACAAUAUGAUCAAAAUGUACCUUGUAAAUUUACUGACAAUAUUAUAACUACUGUAUCGUCUGAAUCUGCUACCAGUAUUCAGAAAGAGUCUGGUGUAAAUAAUUCUGAUGAAUCUAUUACUGAUAUACAACAAAACACCAACCUUAGUAGUGAGAAGUCAUUUCAAUUUUUCAACUCUAGUAUGUGUGACGUUGUUAAACAAUCCUCUAUGCCUCCCACAAUCUCAUAUGGUAUAUCACAACCGGUACCUCGCCAGCGUGCAUUUCCUCGUACUAAUCCGACUGUAUCACGUCCCUCCGGUAAUGGGACUUGCACCCUACCUCGACCUUGUACUAUCCCAUCGGAAGGGUCACCGAUCUCUCUGUUUCCUACUUCUGUCGCUUUUAGUCAGUUUAGUGAUACCACCUCUGCAAGAGCUUCAAUGACCGACUCAAAAAUUCCUAUUAUUCAUGAAUCAAACUCAAAAGACUCCUCUUCCUUCAUUAAACAAAAAUUGAUUGAGCAUAUAUCAAAUGAUCUGAUACCCCAAGAUAUUUCCAAUUCGGAUAACACACCUAAAUGUAUGGUAACUUCUCCAUCUCAAGUUUUAAAUGCUCCUCUUAAGGUUUCUUGUUCAGUCAAUGCAAUCACACCUUCAUACUGUUCAAAUAAAUAUAAUAUUAAAGUAUCUUCUGGGAAUUAUCUUCCUGUUGAUAGUCCUCUAUCCGCAUCCCCUCAUCCUUCUUCACCAUUAUCUCCCACCUCAUUUUCAAGUGCAUCGUCAGCUACUGCUUUGACAACUGCUAAUUCUGAUGAAAGUAUAGAUAUGCCAAAUAGUAUGAUGUUUGAUUCGGAAAAUUGGAAUGUGUUCUCAUCAGAUAUGAAAAAUGAUUCUAAUAUAGUUAAGAUUAAUAAGACUACUACUUCUCCUUGCCUUCUCAAUACCACAACUGAUUACAGUUAUCACUUUCCUACUUUAGAUGAAAGUUUAAAUGAGGAAGAAGAUUAUUUGAGACCUCCUACACCUCCUCCACGUUCAGCAUCGACAUUAUGUUCCCCAGGAAUCCCUGGUGCUUUUUUCGUCAGUUUCCCGAAUCAUAUGUCUUUGAAUGCAAUAACAUCAUCAUUCGACCAAGCUGCAGGAUACUUACAAAUUAGUUGUCCCUAUUCUUCACAACCUUGUCCUAGUCCUUCGUCUACACCUAUUACAAAUUUGUCAGUAUCUUCUUCCUUGUCGCGAAAUCAUCCUUCACGUGCACAUGUUAUCCAACCGAAUUCUCGCCGGGCUCAUCGCACUCAGUAUUACACUCAACAAAUACAUACUGACUUACAUUCUCUUCCAAACAGUAAAGAAAUGCAAUUCAGUGAAAACAAUGUUGUCGAUCCUAUAUGUUUUAUCCCACCAACAGAUUCGUUUAACUCCCAACAGUCCAGAUUCGUUAUGACAAGUCAACCAAAUAUACAACUUAAAAGUACAGUUUUACCCAACACUGUAGUUUGUAGUACAAGUGGUGGUGCUAGUGUGUGGGGUACUAAGAAUAUCCCCAUAUGGGAUGGUAGUAACUGUUUUAACUCUAAUACUAGUGAGUCAAUUCAAAUAGUUGAUUCCAAUGUGAGUAAAACCGCAGUGAUGGCUACGGUUGUAUCAACAACUACGAAAGGAUAUUCAACAGCUAAUCUGAUGAAUAAUUUUCCACGUUCUGCUUCUGGUGGUUUUAUUGGCCCUGCUGAAAGCACAGAUUCAUCGUCGGUGUGGACUUGUGGUUCUUAUAACAAUAACAAUAGUAAUAAUCGGUCACGUCCUACACCACUUCGUAAAAGUGCACAACAAAUUUAUGUUCAUCCAGGUCAUCCAGCAUUUUCUUCAUUUAUCGGACCAUUUGACUGGCCGAGUCAUUUAUUUAAAGCUGACCAGGAUAUAUUUACAUUAAUGAGUUGGACGAAGUCUAAUUUUUCAAAACGUAUAUUGGUAUCUUCGGAACCUGCGCUAAAGAAACAAGUUGCUCAGUUGUUUAAAGUGAUUCAAUCAUUUAUGGGUGAUAGAAAAGCACGUCUUAGUCUGCCAGAUUAUGGUUCAAUUAUUAUUCAUCGUGCAUUAAGUUCGGUCAAUUUACGCGACGAAUUAUAUGCUCAAUUGUGCAAACAAACGACAAGUAAUCCGGAUGUGAAAAGUCUUACAAACGGCUGGGCUCUUUUAUGUGUCUGUCUUUAUUACUUCCCACCAAAUAGUAAAUUUCGUGAUCAUUUAUAUGCUUAUCUUCAAAGUAGAGCGGAUGCAUCAGUCAUUUUGAACAGUAAUACAAUCAGCACAACUGCCUUUACUACAACACCGACUAAUUUUAAUCAAAAUGAUAUUGUUGAAUUCAAUAACCAUACUGUAUCAACUGAAUCCAGUCUUAAGACAGCCACAGCAAUCGCUUCUGGUUUGAAUCCAUUCAGUGCUAAUAACAGUAAUAAUAAUCUUAUGGAUAAAUACCAACAGUCAAAUGAUUUGUUAACUAAUUCAAAACACUUCACUUCACAUUCUAAUCAUAAUUAUACAAUGGGAAUCGCAUUAGGUCCAUGGGACCGUCCAACUGCAGCUCAUUUUGCACGUGUUGCACCUAGAUGGUUUGUUCGUUCAUUAAAUGUUGGUGUACGUAAAACAUCGGUUGGUCCAUCGAUUGAAGAAAUAUGCCAUGUUAAGGAUUUUUUGUUAAAACCAUGUAUAUUUGGUAGUUCCUUGGAUGAAAUGAUGCAAAUACAGGCAUAUAGAUUUCCUCAUUUACGUUUACCAUGGAUACAGAUAUUUCUCACUGAAGAAAUUCUACGGUUAAAUGGAGCACGGACGGAAGGAAUUUUCCGAUUAUCACCAGAUAUGGAUUUACUCAUUGAAGUACGUUGCCAACUAGAGAAAUUAUUUGAAAUAUUUCGAGUUGUUCAGCUAUGUGAUUCGGAACAACAACAGAGUGACAACAAUUAUGCAAAUGAUUCUGAUUUAUCUAGUCGCUUCUUAGUUCAUCGUCCACCUCCAUCUGGAUGGUCUACUUCUGCACGAGUGAUUGAAGCAGAAAAUAACCCGAAUUCCUUUGGUGUUACUGAUUCAACAAAAUGUAAGCACAAUUCUCUACUAUUAUCAUCUACGUUAGAUUGGAAUUGUCUAACUGGGGAAUUUAGUUGGCCAAUUUUACCAGAACCAUUAAGUUUACCACCAGCCGAAUAUGUUCUACUUACACCAACUGCUUAUUGGCCUAGAACUUUAUCCAGUAUCAUCAAACGUUCGUGUUCAAUGUCGUCAUCAACAUCGUUACCAUCUACAACAACUAGUAACAAUAGUAAUUCUGGUAAUCUGGAAUCUCAUUUAGCUGCAGGACUGUUGAAAUUAUGGUUGCGUGAAUUAAGUCAACCUCUUAUUCCAGUUGAACUACAACCGAUAUGUUUGAAAGCUGCUUGUGAAGCGGAAGUUUAUGAAUUACAAGAUAAAGAUUCAAUAACUGGUAAUAAUUUAUCAUCGGAUUUAAAUCCCAUUCAGAAAUGUUGUCGAUUGGUUAGAUGCUUAAAUCCAUUACCAAGAAGAUCACUAUUAUAUUUAAUCCUACUUCUACAACAUCUAUCGAAGCCAGUUCACUCAAAUCAGUCAUUAAUGGAUGCGCGUAAUUUAUCCACUGUGAUUGCACCAAACGUAAUGCGUUCAUCAACUAGUAAAGAUCCCCGUGAAUUGCUACAGAAUGUUAAACCACAAACAUUAUUCAUUCGUCUCUUAAUCACUUAUUUGGAUAUUGAAGUUGAACUAAAAUAUUUGAGAGAAGAAGAGGAAGAAGCUCGUAAUGUAAGUGGGGAAGACGGUGAAUUGAAGGAGAAAACGAUCUCAGACACAAAUAUUGAUGGCACUGAUACUGGAGUUAAACCAAUACAAUUUAAUAAUGAAAAUAAUAAUACUGUAUCAUGUAAUCAUGACAAAUUGUCGUUAUCAUCCAAUGGUUAUGUAUAUUUAACAUCACCGGUACGUGUUAGACUUGGUCCUGACAAUGGCUUCAUACCUAUAUGA